AUGAUCUUGAUAAAGUUUGCACCUCUGUAUUUCAAAUAAUUUCACAUUUGAAGAGACUAACAAUUCAUGUUUUUGCCAGCAAUCAAGUUGAAGAAACAUUUCCACUACUUAAAGAGGUAUCUGCAAACUGUAUUUAUUCAACCAUCCCCAUGGGAUUUUCCCUUAGUAAAUCUGCUACUCAGGUAUCUGCUAUGCACAUGGAUUCAAAAGUGGAUGAUCAUUUGAUGCAAGGAACUGAGAAAAGCAAGUUGGAACCAGUGACUCGAUUAUUUCAAAACACCAAGAAAAUCAGAUUAGAAGACACAAACCAAGAAAACUUUACAAGAAGUAAAGAGAUUGGCUCAGGGUCUCUUUCAGAGAAAACCUCGGGUUCUGUGGUAUAUGUUAAAGAAAGUGAUGGAAUAGAAAUGACAGAUGUGGAAUGAAGUUAUUUGUACACACUACCAAAGAAACCAGAAUAUGCUUUUGACUACGAGUGCAUGUUGAAUGAGAACUUAACCUUACUAGGAAAACCUAAUGAAGGAAGACAAUUACUUAUUUUUCACUAUUCACAAAUCACAUUAGGCUUCACUUUUUUGAUACAUAUUUUUAAAAGUUAAUGUUUUAGGGGAAAAAGAACUUUCCAAAACUCAAGGCAAAAUUCUCUGGUAUUACAUUCUAUCCUUGUCAAAAAUCAGAAUUUUUUGAAUAACAGUAUUUAAAUGGUACCAAAAUAUUUUAAUUAUAAUGUAUUUCUUUAACAAGUGAUCAAAAAACAGUGCCCAAACAAUUUGACAUCUAUAUUUCACACUACGUAUGGUGUACCAAUUUUGUAAGAGUUCUAGUUUGUGAUUUUGCUUUACAUUACUUUAUCUUCCUACAUUUUUGCAUUUCUGUUCUAUAAGCGAUCACUUCAGGUAAACUCUGCAAAAGAUCAGUAAAUUACAUAGCUUGUGAAGCAUUUCACAUUUUAAAUCAAUCACCCUUUUAAAA